AUUUUUCGUAAGGCUCAGCGAAACACGCCUUGCAUUUGUUAGUAGUGCAUAAAAUCAAUUUGUUCAAUAUCUUAACGCCUUAAUACUAUUCUUUAAGCUUAAAAAUCAGUAACUUUCAAUUUUCUGCGCACCACUUAAAUAAACUUAAUUAAAUAACCCAAAGUCAAUUGAAAAGGAUCAAAUAGAAACGAGCUGUGAUUUCGAAGAAAAUAUUAACAACGGCAUCAACUUGAAACUAACGUGAGUGACACGUGAGUUGGCAGUAAAAGCAAAGUGUAAGGACGAUGUGACAAACGUCACAAAUAUAUGUUAAGUGCGAUGUAACAACCAAAAAGCGAAGGCGAAUACGCUUUUAACAUGAAAAUACACUCAUGCAGAGUCUUGAUAUUUGUAUUUUAUUGUGUGAUAUACAUACAUAAGUGUGUAAGUACAUAGGUACAUAAUAUAUACAUGCAUACAUAUAAAACUACAUUACAAGGAAGUAAACAAGAGUUACUUACUAUAACGCACAUUUCCGGUCAAAGUUGGCGGUAAAUUUUCGAAGGAGUGCGAGUGUUUCUAAUUACCACACGUUGGGCCAUAAAAUGUUGCAAUGAAGAUGACACACAGAUUUACGCUACAUUUGAAAGUCUCUUAUAUGUAUAUACAGACUUCUCGUUCAAAUGCUAUACUAUGCACUGGUGACGCACAAAAUGAAUGUGUAAAUAUCCUUCGUGGGUCCUUUUUAACUAAAUAAAAUCGAGUCUUCCAUUGCAUCACAAAAAGUUGUUCACUGUUGUUUUUGUUGAGAAGUAUUUUGGUAGUUCUUGCGUUUUUUUUAGUUUGUUUUUGUACUCGUAUGCCUUCCAAUGCGAAUAAGGAAUACACAUACAGCGAUGGAUGAUAAGCAAACGAUUGGGAAAAUGAGUAAAAAGCGGAAAAUUUCAUUUAAUUAUGCAGCGGCCAAGUUGUGUAAGACCCGAGUGAGGCCGCCAGUUGCCAGCGAAACGGUGAACGACAUUGCGUUAUUCUUGCUGGUGGUACUUGCCAUCAUUACGUCAACCAAAACAGAUGCUUCCAACUACUUUGACACUCAAGGGCCUAAUUUCUCGCAUGAACCGCCAUCGCGUAUUGAAUUCACCAACAACGCUGGCAGCAUUGCCGAUUGUAUAGCGCAUGGCAAUCCGCCACCGAAUGUCGAAUGGCUGGACAAGGAUAAUAAUCCCAUCACCUCAAUAUCAAAGGUCCGUCACAUACUCGCCAAUGGUUCGCUAUAUUUCCCACCAUUCGAAGCGGAAGAGUUCCGGCAAGAUGUACAUUGGUCAGUGUAUCAUUGUGUGGCCAGUAAUGCUGUUUGUAAAUCAACGCUAUGAGCCGGAAGUGCAAAAUCCAGGCGGUUUUAUUGGCAGCAAUGUAUUGAUUAAGUGCAAUAUACCGUCGUUCGUAAAGGAGUAUGUAACGGUGACAUCAUGGCUACAGGAACCAAAUUUCAACAUAUAUCCUUCGCUGGAGGGAGAUGGCAAAAAUCAUAUGCUACCGACCGGCGAACUUCUGGUUUACAACAUCACACGCACCGAUGCGCAUAAAGUUUAUCGCUGCCGCACCCAUCACAAGCUAACGCAGGACUCUGUUGUAAGCAGCAAUAUGGGCAAAAUUCAAUUGACUGAAAUGCGUGAACUUGUGCCACCGAUUAUGAAUGAAAAGGUCACAAGUAUAGUGGCGCGUCUGGGCGAUCCUGUUGUUGUGCCAUGUGUGGCCUAUGCCAACCCGAAGCCAGUCUAUCGCUGGCAUACGAAACGUCCAAAUAACGAGGAAUCCAUACAACAUCUGCUGGCGACGGGACGCGCUAAAAUUAAAGAAGGCACUCUAAUUAUUACCGCAGUCGAUCGGUCCGAGAGUGGGGCGUUCUUCUGCACAGCCACCAACUCGGAGGGCAGCGAAACUUUGGAAGUACAAAUUGCUGUUACAUCGCAGCUCACUGCCAGCAUACAGCCCACCAUACAGACAGUGAAUUUGGGAAAAACUGCAAAUUUGAUGUGCAGCAUUUCGGGAUUCCCAAAACAAAGCAUCAUUUGGCUGAAAGAUGGCCAACCACUGCGCUCCGGCGCGCGUGUUCGAUUGCUGUCCACAGAACAUAUUCGCAUUACGUCCAUUACCAAAGAGGACAAGGGCAUGUACCAGUGCAUUGUGAAGAAUGAUCUGGAAUCUGCGCAAGGUACCGCCGAACUACGACUUGGAGAGGUAGCACCGCAACUGAUUUACAAAUUCAUCGAACAAACUAUACAACCCGGCCCAUCAGUAUCGUUGAAAUGCAGCGCAAGUGGCAAUCCAACACCAAAAAUUGUCUGGCACUUAGACGGAUUUCCUCUACCAAAUAACGAUCGACUCAUGAUUGGCCAAUAUGUCACAAUGUUCGGCGAUGUUAUAAGCCAUGUUAAUAUAUCUGCGGUUAAAUCGGAGGAUGGCGGUGAAUAUGAGUGUAAGGCCAUUUCGCGGGCAGGUGAAGCAUCGCAUUCGGCUCGUUUAAACAUUUACGGUAUGCCAUACGUGCGCAUGAUGCCAAAACUAUCUGCAGUGGCGGGAAAGACAUUUUUUUUGAAAUGUCCCGUGGCAGGAUAUCCUAUCGACAGCAUCAUCAUAGAGAAAGAUGGCGUCAGAUUGCCCACAAAUAUAUGACAGCGUGUUCAGAACGGCACCUUACUCAUCGAGAAUGUGCAACGUACCGCAGAUCAGGGUACCUAUACUUGCAUCGCCCGCAAUAAACACAACUACACAGCGCAACGUACUGUCGAGGUGAAAGUUUUGGUUCCCCCACGCAUUUCACCAUUCAGUUUCGAAGAGGAAAUCACCGAGGGUAUGCGCACCCAGCUUAUGUGCUCGAGUAGUCAGGGGGAUCAGCCGUUCAACAUAACAUGGCUAAAAGAUGGCGCACCCAUAUUGGACAACGCUGUCCAACAAACACCCAUCGUUAAUAUAGCAAAUGAAUUGGGUGGUGGUCGUUCACAGAGCAGUGGCAUUGCCAGUGGCAACGGUGUUGGCGGUGGAAGAAGUUACAGUCCAACAGAUGGCUCGCUCACCAUCAACGAGUAUGCACCAUUUUCCAGUAUCAUCUCUAUACAUAAUGUGACAUCACGUCACAAUGGCAACUACACGUGUCGUGUCAGCAAUCGUGCGGGAUCCGUUGAGUAUACGGCGGUACUAUCCGUUUCGGUCCCACCACGUUGGAUACUUAAACCCACCGAUCAGGAUGCCAUACUCGGAAAUUCUGUAUCGAUUACAUGUAAAGCUGAUGGAUUUCCCAUACCGACGGUACAAUGGAAACAGUCGAUUGGCGACUCUGGCGAAUAUCGUGAACUUAGUUAUGGCAUAGGAAACGGCAACUCGCAAUCGGUAAUUGAAACCUAUAACAACGGUUCGCUGAUCAUCCCCAAAGUCGGACGUGAACACGAAGGCAGUUAUCUGUGUCAAGCGAGUAAUGGUAUUGGUGCAGGUUUGAGUACGCUUAUAAAACUAACUGUGCAUGUUGGCCCGUCAGUGACAGUUUCAAAGAAGCAAGUAUCCGUGCGCCGCGGUGAUCGUGUCACAUUGCGCUGUGAAGCUGAUGGCGAUCAGCCGUUGAAUAUCACAUGGCGUGCCAAAGCCAAUCACAUUGAUCCAUCCUAUGAUAUACGCUAUCAUAUCAAAGAUUCACCGCUUAGUCGUGGCACGGUUUCGGAAAUGACAAUUCUUCAGACGAUUCUCAACGAUCGUGGCGAAUAUACUUGUGUUGCUACCAAUAAUUAUGGUCACGAUCGUGCAGGAAUUCAUCUACAGGUGCAGGAACCCCCGAAUUUCCCUGUUAAUCUGCAUGUGACCGAUUUAGGCAGUCGUUCGGUGACGCUGGCGUGGUCACCCAAUGAUCAAGAUUCCAUAUUCAUGAGUAAUGGAGGUAAUAAUCGGGACUCACAACCGAUAUCGAAUUAUAUUUUGCAGUACAAGAAAGCUGGAGAUGUCUGGCAUGAGCACAACAACCAAAAGUUGUUGCCCGGCGAUAAGACAACUGCCCAAAUAGGUUCGCUACGUCCCGCGCAGGCUUACCACUUCCGCCUCUAUGCCGAGAAUCACUUGGGCACAAGUGCUCCGAGUGACAUAUUACUCGUACAAACUGAUGCUGAAGUGCCAAGUGGUCGACCGCAGGACGUUUCAGCCGAACCGCUCGGGCCCCAACAACUGCUCAUCACUUGGAGGCCGCCAGAACGUGACACAUGGAAUGGUGAACUGUUGGGUUACACAAUUGCCUAUCAGCGGCAUGGCGCUGCGGAUAGUGUACAAAACUUCACAAAAGUCAGUAGUUUAGGUGGUGAGGGACUAAACGAUUUUCGACUUACGGGCUUGGAGAAAUACACUCAGUAUGCCAUAACCGUAUCUGCCUUUAAUGUGAAAGGCGAUGGUCCACCAAGUGAAGUGACUAUGGGUCAUACUUUAGAAGAUGUGCCAUCUGCGCCACCACAAGGCGUCACAUGCAUUGCUCUGACCGCACAAAAUAUACAAAUAUCCUGGCAAGCGCCACCCAAAGAGUCCAAUCAUGGCAUCAUACAAGGUUAUAAGCUACUCUACGAACCCGGCAACAUCGAAUCCGAGUAUGGCACACGCGAAACUAAGAUCACUUCUGCGCUGAGUACUGUACUCCAUGGCCUGCAACCCUUCACCAAUUAUAGCGUGCAAGUAUUGGCAUUUACCAGAGCUGGUGAAGGCGUGCUCAGUUCUACUGUAUCUUGCACCACAGAGGAGGCAGUACCAGAUGCACCUGAGCGCGUUAAGUCAGUCGUUAGCAGCGAAUCCUCGGUUAUAAUCAGCUGGUUGCCACCGCGCAGACCAAAUGGUAUUGUCACUAAAUACAAUGUUUACAUACGUAUACUGGAUAAGGGCCAAGAAUUGAAAAUUCUCAAAGAAGUGCUGCCAGCUAACAAUCGACACUUCGAAGCUAAAGAUUUGAUGGCGCGUGAAACUUACGAAGCUUGGGUUACUGCAGCGACACGUGUCGGGCAAGGACCCAGCACGCCAGUUAUUAAAUUGGUACCGAGUAAUUCGGUACCAGCGGCCAUAAUUUCAUUUAGUCAAACAUUGAGCAUCAGCUGGCGUGUGGAUCUUAAGUUGGCUUGUGUUUUCGUGGGCAACCCAAAACCCAACCCUGAGUGGAAGGUUUUAAAUGCGCGAUCAAAAAAGCAUUUUCGCUUGGAGGUGAGCAAUGAUAAUACGUUAACUUUGCGUAAUAUACAGCGAUCGCAUGAGGGCAACUAUUCGUGUGUGGUGCGAAAUUCGAUUGGCUCGGACCAUAUUGUCUAUCAAGUAUAUGUACAAGUACCACCAUCUGCACCCGUCCUUUCCGUGAUCGGCAGCACCACCAAUUCCGUAUCGCUGCAGUGGCGUGUGGAAGACAUUGGUGGUGCCCCGCUGCGUGGUUUUACAAUGACUUACCGCAAGGAGUUCGGUGACUGGGAAGAGGUACAACUCGAUCGACGCGUUAACUCCCAUCUGAUUGAAAGUCUGGAUUGUGGCACACGAUACCAAUUUACAAUGGUAACUUUCAACAAAAUUGGCACCAGUGAAACAAGCGCCAUCGAGACGGCAAAAACAAAAGGUAAUAAACCCAUCUCGCCACACAAGCAAAGUCUUAUACGUUCAAAUAUAACAUCCGCAUUGUUGGAGCUAUCAUCUUGGCAAGAUGGUGGUUGUCCAAUACAGUAUUUCAGCAUUGAGUUUAGGCGCUAUGGCAUUUCCAGCGAUUGGAUCAUCGUCUCUAGUCGCAUAGAGACACACACACGCUAUACAAUUGGUGACUUGGAGCCUGGUGCUGCUUAUAAUUUGCGCGUUUCGGCGCAUAACAACGCAGGAUCCACAAUUAAGGAAUACUAUUUUGAAACUUUACACUUCAAUGGUCUUUCUGCCGAACUGGAUCACAGCGACUUACCUGAGGUACGGACACUCUUCCGAGACGUACACCUGAUAGCGGUUAUUAUUACAUCUGUGUUCGGCACGAUCUUGGCUAUAAUUGGCGCUUGCAUUUGCUUCAAGAACUAUCCCCGCCAGCUAUUUGCACGGAAUGUCGACUCAAUGCGGCCACAUGGCGCUGACGGCAAGGAUAUCCAACAUCGCGAACAAUACUACGGUACGGUACGCAAAUCAUGCCAGCAAUCACCACCUGAAUCGGUUGCUGGGCUUGAACGCAUACCUGAAUACUCUGAAGAUAUCUAUCCUUACGCUACAUUCCAUUUACCAGAACAUGAAAAUCAAUCGGCUAACAUACCACUCAGCCGCAAAGGAGGCCUACCGGCUAUGUACGAUCCGCGCGGUGGCAGCGUCGGUGGCGGUGUCAUAGAUGACAACACACUCUCCAGCACCGGCGCCAAGGUGAAACGUUCUGUCUCAGCUGGUAUUGGCAGCAGCAACUCAAAUGCGAACUUAUCCGGUGGACCGGGUGCACCAUCGGGCGAGUGUAGUCAUACGAAUACUGAGAAACGGCAUAAACGACGCUCUAAAGCGAUAAAAUCCGAGUCAGAGGAGUACGAUAGCUUGAACAGCGACAGUGAUUUGAGUGGCGAACGCAUACGUGAGCGAGAACGCGAAGAAAGUCGUAGCGGCCGAGAAUCCUCGUCACAUCUGGACGAUGGUGGCUACAAUCCUCACGGCCAUAGUCCUUGCGGUGGUGGAAACGCAGGAGGCAAUAAGGAACGCCUUUCCGUAUUCAGUAGGCCUCAACUUCAUAAAAAUAUUACGCCGAUUCCCAAGAAAGACUCCAAGAAAGAGAUCUCACGCACUUCUAAAUCACCAAAACCGGCAACAACAACAACAACAAGUAAACCGACUACAGCUACGCCUACUGCAAUCAAAUCUACACGCACCUUUUUCCAAUCCAUAAUACCCACCCGCAUCAUUUCUAACGCCAUGCAUGCACCACCCGAACGCCAACCUCCUCCAUCAGACCCCUCCAGCACCUCUCAGUAUGUGGAAGCACCAAUUACGACCAAGCAGUGCAGUUCACUUGCCGCCGCAGCAGCAGUGGCGGCAGCAGCUAAAGUAGGCAACAAUAAAAAGCAAAAACUUCAUGGCCCACAACCCACACAAUCGCGUCAAUUACAUCAACUAAUGCCACAGCGUUCUUCAGUGACAUCUCCCAAACAAUUUCAUCAGCUCAUGCCACGUAAUGCACAGCUGAUCAGUACACCUGCUCGUCCACUCUCACCUUCGCCACCAUAUCGUUUCGCUUCAUCCACUUCAUCAACUUCGACUUCAUCCAAGCGCGAACGUGUCACCAACACCAAUACUCCUCCUAAUACCACCACCACGUCCAGCAACAAUCUCGAAGCAAUCGCAUGCAGUAUUCCAACUACAUUACGUACAAGUCCCCCAGCAUUGAUUAGCACUACCACCCAGAACACCCCAACCAAUAUCACCAACAACGCUAUGAAGCCGCCAAAUUCACGCAGUGGUAGUAGUAGUAGCGAUAGCAUCGGAUAUCACAAGCGCUCGCUUUCCAAUAGCAGCAUGGACCCCGUGCCCUUCGACUACCGGCUCUUUGACGCGCCAGCAAAACAACCGAAACCAACAAUUGCCUGUGGUGCACAGUCACAGUCGCAUCUCCACCACCACCACCAACGACAAACAUCAUCCACAUCAACUUCCACAUCCACAUCUACCCAAAAUUCAACCAACCAUACAAAUAUGCCCAGCGGUCUAUCCGGUGGCAAAGUACGAUCAAAAACUUCCGAUACUAAUUCCAACAGCGGCAGUAGCCUCCUCCUCGCUGGCGAGUACCAAUACUCAACUAACAGCGUCCCCGCCCCGCAUAUUGUCCAGUCGGGUUCAUAUGUCGAAAUUCUGAAGCACGCCACACCCCACUCCACAAAUAUGACCAAUAUUGUACAGCAACAACAACAUCAACAACCAGCAGCAACACAAGCGCCGAACACUAAACGUGGCGGAUCAAGUGGCGGCGCUGGUACUAAUGCCGUCAUAGGUGGCGCUGCGCUGGCUUGUCACAAUAAAAGCUAUGGUGACUUUCUAACCAUUACACCACGGCGCAAAGGCAAAUUGCUUUCGUCCAGCUAUGGUGACAAGCAUGGUGGUGUUGGUGGCGCACUCGAUGGCAGCAAUCAAGACAACUAUCGCCAUCAUCUACCCACCAGCAUUGAGCCGCUACAUCUACUAGGCAUACCCAACGACAAUAUGUCCACUUUCUUCGACUAUCGCGCCAUGGAGACGCUGAGCAAUGCCGAUACGCUAGCUAUAGGCAGCAGCCUCUCGGGUCAUGCACACAUCAAGGGCAAGGCAUACGACAGCAGCAUAUCAUCGUGUUUGAACGCGAACAACUAUGGAGAGUCCACGCAGAGCAGCAGCAGCAGCACAGCCAUUGCUGAUGAAUUCCACAAUAUAAUCAGCGAGAAAAAUCUAAGUCCACCUUCAGCGUUCAGUGAUAACAACAGCUGUCUACCAAAGAGUAAAGUCUAAUUUCUUUGGGCGGCGAUAAGUCAAGCAGUCAAUGAAGAUCAUAUCAAAAGCAUUCAAUAACGUAAUCGAAGAACUGAAGAAUUCUGCAUAUCAAGCAUAAAGAAUUAAAUAUAGAGUGGCGUUGUAGUUAGACACUGGGAUUGCGCCGCACAGUGGUCGGAGAUGCCAUGUUUUACGCGCGAAAUUAGAAGGGCUGCUAUGAUUAUAAAAAAAAAAAAAAUACUUGAUCGUAGUAUUGUUGUACUGCUUAAUCCGAAUAUGCCAUACAAUUUACGGUUUGACGUUUGAGAACUGUCAAAUCAACUGUCAAUUUCUCUAAAAUUAAGAAAAUCUUUUUGAAAAUACCACUGAUUACGUUUUUUGACAUGCUGAUCACGAAUUUUAUGUCAAAUUAAACCCCAGACAGUUGACAGCUGUCAAAUGAACUAUGAAUGUUUCUAAAAAUAAUAGAAUAUUUUUAGAAAUGUCACUGAAUAGGUUUUUAGACAUGCUGAUAAGGAAUUGCGUGUCAAGUUAAAAUCCUCAGAGUUUACAACUGUCGAAGGGGCUGUCAAUUUCUCUAGAAAUAAGGAAAAUUUCCCACAAAUUAAACGUACUAUGUUUUAAGGCUCACUCAUCUCGAGUUAUGUAUCACAUGAACACUUUUUCAAUUGACAACUGUCAAAUCAACUGUCAUUUUCAGUUAAGUAACACAAUAGAUAUUUUUGUUUAGCAAAAUCGUAGUGAGCAAACUUAAGAACCUCUAAAUACCAAAUUUCAAGAAAAUUCAGUAAUUUUUUAAUUCUUGGACGCCAUAUUGGAUUCGUUAUUGGAUUUUUUAAAAUUUACUUCAGCUUUGUGAAGACACAUCUUAUAAAUAAUAUGAUGCCAAAUAUAGAAUAAAUUACAUUAAUCUUUAAUAUUUUAAUACACUUAAUGUUAUUUGGAAAAACUGCUAAAGUUGGUCCAGUGAAAUAAAAAUUAACGCCACUCUUCUUGGCGCGAGUAUGCGCGAUCUUUCUUUUCGCAGAUCCUUAAAGGGACCUUUGCAUUUUUUUUUGUUAAAGGAAUGAAGAUCUUACUCGGCCCUACAAAUUAGUUACAUCUUUCUGAAGAAAAUAUUGCUAGAAAAAUAAGCCGUGUUGAUAAUUUAGCAACCAAGUUUUAUUAUGUAAUGUUUUAUAUGAAAUUAUUAUUUUCCAUGUUUAAGAACUAAGACCAAACCAGCAAUUACGGUUAUAAUUGAAUGUUUCCAUAAAAAAAAUUUUUGAGAAAGCUAUCAACUCAUAACUGUUAGAAUGCGCCACGAUCGAAUUCGUUGAACUAACCGGUUUUGAGUUCGUUGGACAUUUCUGAAUAAGAAUACAUAGCUUUAUUCCGGUUAAUUUACCACAGUUUUAAAAUAUGCCUUUUUCGCGUAAAACAUGGUUUCUCCGACCACUGUGCGCCGAUUUAAUGCAUAGAAAAAAAUGGGAAAGGAGUCAACUAAAUAAGCGAAAAGAAAUUUAAGACUUUAUUGAAGCAUUUAAAACAGCGGAAAUAUAAUCUUGAAAAUUACAACAACAACAAACAAACUAACAAAUUUUGUGCAUAACUAUUUAAGUCAAAUUACAAGUACAUAUGUGAGGAUAUGGGUACAUAUAUUUAAAAUUAAAUGACUGGUGUGAUUUUACAUGAAAUUCACAAAAAAAAAUCCAACAAAAAAGCGUUAUUGCAGUAGUAGUCUUGCGUAGACCAUUUAAACCACAAAUUAAACUAGUGUAGAUACUAAAAAUAUAUAUGUAAAUGGUUAUGUUUGUAUGUACUACUUAGACUAUCUAUGUAAAUUUAUAACAAAUACUCAUUGCACUUAACGUAAGUAACGCAUAGUUAAAUUAAUUAGGUGUAAAAGUUAAACAUUUUUUUCGUUAUGGAAUGGUCCCAAGGCACUUGGAAAGUAACUGAAGAUAAGUGAGAAAGCGGUGUAGGAAUAUCAUAUGAAAAAAACUUCAAUGAAGUAUUUGAACUUAUUUGCAUUUAAUUAGAUUAAUCGGCAAAAAUGUAUGUAUGUAUUUGUACAAUUUUCAACAUAUGGGAGGCAAUAAAACUCUGCCUAACAAGAGCCCUAAAUGCUAUCCUCAACCUAUCGAUCUUCACCUGAAAGAAGUGGCUACGAAAUCAGCGGUCAGAUUCAGAAUGUCAAGCCUUUGGGGGGCCAGGUACUUUAAAAAUGAUUUGGUCAUUAACAAAAUACAAUUAGGAAGAGCGACAGAUCAUAUGAGAGGCCGUGUAGACCAGUGUUGCCAGGUCUUCGGCAUGAAAAAAAAACUUGGUCUGAAUAAAACGUCAUUUCUUACCCAAAAAACAUCUUUUCCAAAUGUAUGCACACAGAAUUGUUAUUAUUAAACUUUUAUUGUAUACAAAGGUACAUACAUAUGUACGUAAGGUAUAUUAAAAUGUCAUUUCGACACAUCACAUAGUAUCGAAUUCAUUAUAAUUGAUCAAUAUGGUGAAUACCACUAUUGUAAACUGGUUUGAGAUCGUUAAUAUAAAAAUCACUUUAUACAUACACUUGUGAUUGUGUGCUGAUUAUGUCAUAAACAUUUUGAUCGAUUUUGGUUCUUUUUCUUUUGUUUAUUUAAUGUUUAUUAUUUUUCCGUAAAAGCCUAGC